GUUGAAAGUUACCAUAACUAAACCGUUCAGUUCAAUUACAAAACAUCGACGAAGUAAGGUGGGAACAAUUUUGCGCUUUGACUCACUCAAGAUGGAUUCGAUUCCUCGGAAAAGCAUUCCGGAGACAUUUGCCGGAGCUGACGUGUUCAUAACCGGAGGUUCCGGAUUCAUGGGCAAGGUGUUGAUCGAGAAGUUGCUAAGAUCUUGCCCCAAAGUUGGAAACGUGUUUGUAUUGCUGAGGCCACGCAAGGGAAAGCUAGCCAAGGAACGAGUUGCUGAUUUGGUCCAAGCACCGUUGUUCAACAAACUUCGCGAAGAGCGACCAUAUUUGUUCCAGAAAAUAAUCCCAAUUGAUGGAGAUUGUUCACAACUUAGACUGGGUCUGCAAGAUGAGAGUAUCAGGCGGAUGAGCAAUGUUCAGUUUGUGUUUCACGCGGCGGCUAGUGUACGGUUCGAUGAUCCGUUGGACAAGGCGUUACUGUUGAAUACCCGAGGAACACAUGAAGUCUUGCGUUGGGCGAAGACUUUACAGAACUUGAAGGCGUUGGUGCACAUUUCCACCACCUAUUCCAACCCAGAGAUACCACACGUGGAGGAAAAGAUAUAUCCCGCCAAAAUGGAUUGGAGACAAGCUAUCGAAAUGGUGGAGAAGGUUGACCCCGAUGUUCUCAACACGUUAGCCGAGAAAUUGUCGGGCUUCGCUCCCAAUACGUAUACUUUUACUAAAGGUCUUGCGGAGCAGAUUUGCUACGAUUACCGUCAUGAACUACCGUUGGUGAUCUUCCGACCUUCGAUUGUGAUCAAUACUGAGACUGAACCCAUGCCUGGUUGGAUCGAGAACUACAACGGUCCAGCCGGUAUCCUAUCAGCUCACGCUGCUGGUAUCCUUCGAACUCUAUACGUCAGCAUGGAUUGUCAUAUGAAUUGCAUCCCGGCGGAUGUCAGUAUAAAGGCGAUCAUCAUAGCUGCAUGGAAAAAGUCCUUCAGUCCGAGGGACGAUCUGGUCAUCUACAACAGCGCUGCAGAACCCGACAAGGCCAUGGGCUAUGAAUUUCUGUAUGAAGAAUCCGACUACUUUUCCCACCGAAUUCCGAUGCUGAAGAUGAUGUGGGCUCCUACAGGACAGGCUACUACCAACAGUACUUUGUUCUGUGUGCUGUUCUUUUUGUACCAAGUUAUACCAGCGUAUUUCGUCGAUAUUGUUCUGAGGCUCUGCAAAAUGAAGCCAUUCCUUCUCAAACUGCAACGUUCAAUCUUCCACGCCCAAAGCUCGCUGAUGUACUUCACCACCCAUGAUUGGAUAUUCGACACCCACAACUUUCGUAGCCUAUCCAAGGACCUGGGCGAGCUGGACAAAAUCCACUUCGACAUUGCCUACAUCAAGCAGGGUCUGCUGGAGUACUGUAGUCUAUGUAUGCUGGGUGGCAGGCGGUACCUCUUCAAGGAAAGUGAUGACUCUAUCAUGGUGGCUUUCAAGAGAUUGAAACGGUUCGAACUGGCGGACAGGUUGCUAAAAUUGGCCAUGUUCGUGGGAUUUGCCUACGUGCUGCGGAGUUAUUUGCCGGAAAGCUGGCUACAACAUGAGCAGUUGAGAACUAAUUGAGUAGUGUUCCAGCCGAUCUAAACACAUUCAACAACUUUAAGUUAAAAUCCUUAGCUUAAUUUUACAAAAACCAAAAAACAAAAAUGGUCCGGUGAUCGAUCACACACUGUUAUAUCACAUGGUAAAAGUAACCUAUUUAACUACAGUGGAACUUCACGCUUCAUGACUUUUCAGUGUAAUACAUAGUAGAAGAGUUCUUUUUGCCUUUCUCGUACACUAAGUGUACUGGAAAGGCUAUAUUUUCACUCCAAAAAUGACUUUUUGAUAGAAGGCCCGGAGUGUCGAGUCACAUAUAUGUACCAAUCAACUCAGCUCGACGAAUUGAGGUGAUGUCUGUGUGUGUGUGUAUGUGUGUUUUUUUUUUUUUUUUUUUUUACUUGGCCUUUCUGCCUUCCCGACACGCGUUCGAUAAGCAUGACCAGUGCUACCGAUUUCGUCCAUCGCGUGCCAGUUCGUGAGGGACUCAGAACAGAGAAGAGAACUCUGAACCCUACGCCUCUAACCUCCACCAAGGUCUACAGUGCCUGCUUCCCCCAGAUUCCACUAGAAGCGACUACUUCGGGGGGGUAAUGUGUGUAUGUGUGUGUGUAUGUGUGUGUGUAUGUAUGUGUGUGUGUACAAAAAAACUCACAUCACUUUUUGGCAGUAAACCUCAACCGAUUUUAAUGACCGACGGUUCAUUC